AUGCCUCAACCGCUCAACUCCAAGGACCAGGCGAAUUUUCGCGCUGUCGUCCGUGCCUACGAGGAGAAACAGUUCAAGCGCGGUAUCAAGACGGCCGAUGCGAUCCUCAAGAAGAACCCCAAGCAUGGCGACACUAUGGCCAUGAAGGCCUUAAUCCUCAUGGCCCAAGGCAAAACAGACGAGGCCUUUGCGCUCGGCAAGGAGGCCCUGACGGCCGACAUGAAGUCGCACAUCUGCUGGCACGUUUACGGCCUGCUAUAUCGCACCAAUAAGAACUUCGAGGAGGCCAUCAAGGCCUACAAGUUUGCCCUCAGACUCGAACCCGACACGCCCCAGAUCCAGAGGGACCUGGCUAUCCUCCAGAUUCACACUCGCGACUUUGCUGGCUAUAUCCAGACACGACAGACAAUGCUGCAGGCCCGUCCGCAGCUGCGUCAGAGCUGGACCGCCCUCUCAAUUGCCCACCACCUCUCAGGCAACCUGGCCGAGGCCGAGAACGUCCUCACCACCUACGAGGGCACCCUCAAGACCACCCCGUCCCGUUACGACCUCGAGCACUCUGAGGCCAUCCUGUACAAGAACACCCUCAUUGCCGAGCAGGGCGACUACCAGCGUGCCCUCGAGCACCUUGAUGGUGCCGCCAAGCACAGCCUUGACCGCCUGGCCGUCCUCGAGUACCGCGCUCAGUACCUUGCCCAGCUCGACCGCCAAGAGGAGGCUGCCAAAGCCUACCGCGUGCUCAUCGACCGUAAUCCUGAUCGCCAGGACUACUACGAGAAGCUUAUCGGUGCGCUUGGAAUCGCCGAGACCGACAUCAAGGCUCGCAAGGCCGUCUAUGACGAGUAUGCUGAAAAGUACCCUCGUUGCGACGCUGCCCGUCGCGUGCCUCUCGAUUUUCUUACCGGUGACGAGUUCAAGUCGGCCGCCGAGGCCUACGUGACUCUGAUGUUCAACAAGGGUGUCCCCUCUACGUUUGCCAACCUCAAGCACCUGUACUCGGACGAUUUCAAGAAGGAGGCUCUUGCUGAGCUGGUCAAGAAAUACCUCCAGUCGCAAACGGCCGGCUCCGAUAGCAAGGACCAAGGCGAGGCCGCCGCGCUUUACUACUUGGCUCAACACUACAACUAUUACAUGAGCCGUGACCUGACUAAGGCCAUGGAGUACGUGGAAAGGGCCAUCGAGAAGGACCCCAAGAGCGUAGAAUUCAGCAUGACCAAGGCCCGGAUAACGAAGCAUACGGGAAACAUUGCCAAGGCGGCUGAACAGAUGGAUUAUGCGCGCACCCUGGACCCCAAGGACCGAUACAUCAACAGCAAGGCCGCGAAGUACCAUCUCCGCAACAACGACAGCGAGAAGGGUCUCAAGACCGUCGGCUUGUUCACCCGCCAAGACACUGUCGGUGGGCCCUUGGCCGAUCUGCUGGACAUGCAGUGUAUUUGGUUCCUGACUGAGGACGGCGAGGCCCUUUCCAGGUCGGGUAACAUCGGCAUGGCUCUGAAGAGGCUACAUGCCGUGGCCAACAUAUUCGACGUCUGGGAGGAGGACCAAUUUGACUUCCACAGCUUCUCGCUCCGCAAGGGUCAGAUCCGCGCGUACGUCGACAUGAUACGGUGGGAGGACCACGUGCGCGACCACCCGUUCUACGCGCGCGCCGCCCUCAACGCCAUCGACAUCUACCUCAAGCUCGCCGACAAGGCGUCAACCAAUGGAGUCAACGGCGCCAACGGCGACAGCGCCGAGGACGCCCUUGAGAAGAAGAAAGCUGUCAAGAAGGCCAAGAAGGAGCAGCAGCGCUUGGAGCGCGAGGCCGCUGAGAAGCAGGCCAAGCAGGACCCCAACAAGGCCGUCCAGGCCAAUGGCGAGGCCAAGAAGCCCGAUGAGGACCCCCUGGGCCUGAAGCUCGCUGCGACAGAGCAGCCCUUGGAGGAGGCUACCAAGCUCCUCGAGCCUCUGCUGGAGGUCUGUCCCGAGAGCAUUGCAGCCCAGCACGCCGGUUUCGAGGUGUACCUACGUCGCAGCAAAUACCUUUUGGCACUCCGCUGCCUCAACGCCGCCACAGUGAUUGACCCCGACAGCCCCAAGGUACACGAGCAGAAAGUCGCCCUCCGCGACGCGCUGAACAAGGCUACCGACCUCCCUUCCAAGGUGGCCGAGGUGGUCAAGGCCGAGUUCAAGUCUCUCGACCCGUCGACUGACCUAGCCAAAUAUAACGCCAACUUCCAGUCCCAGAACAGCAAGAGCCCGUGCCAUGUGCUAGCCGCCAUCCGUACCAAGAGGACGCUGGGUGAGGACAAGGCCAAGUGCGACAAGGAGGUCACGGCCAUGCUGGACCUACCCACCGUCGAGUUCGAGGACGCCAUUAAUGCGCUCGAGACGCUCAAGCGCUGGGGAAGCCCCGAGAUCGACAACUUCAAGAAGACCGCCCUGGCCAAGUGGCCCGAUGUGACGCGGCUUGCAUGA